GCUUCUCGAUGCUCCAAGAUGUGUGCUUCGUGGCUCAUGACGCUCGCGAUUGCCUACCUCGCGGAUUCCCGUCUUAGCGCUCCUCGCGGGGCAGACCCGUACAUCAUCAACGGUCGAACUGCGCUGCCAGCCGCGAAUCCGUGGCAAAUCAGUCUUCAGGUUAAAAUUACGAAGUCUUGGACAACGAAUUAUACUCAUGCCUGCGGAGGAACACUGAUCAGUCUAUCGACCGUUGUGACCGCAGCUCAUUGCAUCAUGGUGAGGGAAAUCCAGAAAUCCCGCGACGGACCGAUACAGGUCCGAUAGUUCAACGAAGAGGCCCUGAACGACUUCUCUGCAAUUAUUGCAGAGAGGUGAAGAGU